GUCGAACAUAAUUCCCUGAUUUUAAGAGAAGUUUUUCUUUUUCUCGUUUAAUAUCAGUCAACGAAUACGAAUUUGAUUGCCCCAUUUUUCAUCUUCAAACUGUUUGCAGUCCCACGAAAACUCUGUGAAAUUUUCGCACACUGAGGCCUGAGCUGGAUUCUCUUCUCACAACCUUCAAAGAUCGUCGACGAUGGCUUCCAUGGCUUUCUCUUCACUUUACUCCGCGCCUCUGCACAGUUUACCAAUCUCCAACCUGCAACUGAACUGCAAAUCCGGUUGUCUGGCGUUUCUUGAUUUGUCCAAUCGAUCGAGCAUCGGCUCUUCGAAAUCGAUGUUUUCUCGAGAUGGGUUUUCGAUUUUAUCCCCAAUUGUUUCUGGGUUUCGCUUAAAGUCUCGAUAUUUCGCUUCUGUUUACGCCAGGGCUGCUACUGAGAAGACCAUUCACGAUUUUACUGUUAAGGAUAUCGACGGGAAGGAUGUUUCGCUCAGCAAAUUCAAAGGGAAGGUUCUUUUGAUUGUAAAUGUUGCCUCAAGAUGUGGUUUGACAUCAUCUAAUUAUACGGAGCUUUCUCAUCUCUAUGAAAAGUACAAAACUAAAGGAUUUGAGAUUUUGGCCUUCCCAUGUAAUCAGUUCGGGGCUCAAGAGCCAGGAUCAAAUCGAGACAUCAAGCAGUUUGCUUGUACGCGGUUUAAAGCCGAAUUCCCUAUUUUUGAUAAGGUUGACGUUAAUGGACCAAGUACAGCACCCGUUUAUCAAUUUCUAAAGUCCAGUGCUGGUGGGUUCCUAGGCGAUUUGAUUAAGUGGAAUUUCGAGAAAUUCUUGGUGGAUAAAAACGGUAAAGUUGUCGAAAGAUAUCCACCAACAACUUCCCCAUUUCAAAUCGAGAAGGAUAUCAAGAAGCUUCUUGCGGCAUGAAAUUCCAGAUACAUUUCGCCACCCAAAAUCGUGAGCUUGUUCGAAUAAAAUGCAGGGAUAUCUUUAUUACAUACUGCUUUGUCUUGAACUUGUACAUUCAUUUUCAAGGCGAAACUCUGUUUGUCUGCAAAGUGUUGUUGUAUCCUAGUUGAUAUUGAAACAGUGUUGAUUGGAAAAGGGUUCAGUCACGCGUGUUUGUAUACAAAUAUAUCCGCUCAAAAUAAGUUUUUUUUUUUUUUUUUUUUUUUGAAAAGAGGUAUGAUUAAUUGUUAGUGGAAUUUUUAGUUUAUAUUAAAAUAAUAUUUAAAAU